ACAAAAAUUUGUCUUUUGAAAAAAAACAACACUCCACAACAAGAUGAGCCAAACCGUCACUGUUACUGCUACUGAUUAUGAAGUCAAGGAUAUCAGCCAAGCUUCCUUGGGUCGUAAGAGAAUUGAAAUGGCCGAAAAGGAAAUGCCAGGUCUUAUGGCUUGUAGAGCUAAAUACGGUGAAGAAAAGCCACUCAACAAUGUCAGAAUCUCUGGUUCUCUCCACAUGACUGUUGAAACUGCUGUCCUCAUUGAAACUUUGAAGACUGUUGGUGGUAACAUUAGAUGGUGUUCUUGCAACAUUUACUCAACUCAAGAUGAUGCUGCUGCUGCUAUUGCUGCUGCUAACAUCCCAGUUUUCGCUUGGAAGGGUGAAACUUUGGUUGAAUAUUGGGAAUGUACUUGGAAGGCUCUCAAGUUCGGUCCAAACAUGGGUCCACAAUUGAUUGUUGAUGAUGGUGGUGAUAUGACUUUGUUGGUCCAUAGAGGUUAUCAAGCCGAAAAGGAUGCCAGCAUUUUGGAAAGUGAUGGUGGUGUUGAAGAAUUGAGAAUUGUCAAUGAUUUGUUGAAGAGAAUUUUGAAGGAAGAACCAGGUUUCUUCCAUGCUAUUGUUCCACACAUUAAGGGUGUUUCUGAAGAAACUACUACUGGUGUUCACAGAUUGUAUGCUAUGCAAAAGCAAGGUACUUUGUUGUUCCCUGCUAUUAACGUUAACGACUCUGUCACUAAGAGCAAGUUCGAUAACAUUUAUGGUUGUAGACACUCCUUGUUGGAUGGUUUGAACAGAGCUACUGAUGUCAUGUUGGCUGGUAAGGAAUGUGUUGUCUGUGGUUUUGGUGAUGUCGGUAAGGGAUGUGCUGAAGCUUUGAAGGGUCAAGGUGCUAGAGUUAUUGUUACUGAAAUUGAUCCAAUCAAUGCUCUCCAAGCUUGUAUGGCUGGUUACACUGUCAAGACUAUUGAAGAUUGUUUGGAAACUGCUGAUGUCUACGUCACUGCUACUGGUAACAAGGAUAUCAUUACUCUUGAUCACAUGAAGAAGAUGAAGGAUACUGCUAUCAUCUGUAACAUUGGUCACUUUGACAAUGAAAUCGAUGUCCUCGGUUUGAAGACCUGUGAAGGUGUUAAGGAAAUUAACAUUAAGCCUCAAGUCGAUCAAUUCGUCUUCCCUGAUGGUCACACCAUCCUCUUGUUGGCUCAAGGUAGAUUGGUCAAUUUGGGUUGUGCUACUGGUCACCCAGCUUUCGUCAUGUCUGCUUCAUUCACUAAUCAAACUUUGGCUCAAAUCUCCUUGUGGAAGGAUACUUAUGCUGUUGGUGUUUACACUUUGCCAAAGGUUUUGGACGAAGAAGUUGCUAGACUCCAUUUGGAAAAGCUCGGUGCUAGAUUGACUAAGUUGACUGACUCCCAAGCUGAUUACAUUGGUGUUUCUCAAAAUGGUCCAUACAAGGCUGAUCACUACAGAUAUUAAAUAAAUCAUUUAAUUUUCAUUUUUAAA